AUGGAUAACACAAGAACGAAGGUGUAUGAAACCAGAGAUGAUUAUAAGUCAUCACCUGAGACAUUCCUUACUGGAGAUGAACUUAUUGAUUAUAAUAGAUAUCUUAAAAUUAAGACUGCUCUUAUUACCUGGAACUUGAGUGCAGCAUCAGCUUCGUUCUUCAUAUUCUUUAUAUGUGUUUGGAGGAUCAUGAGCGGAAUAAGGCGUCCAUGGCUACUCCAGUACGCAUUGCCAGAAGGGGUGAUUUACAACUCAGUGUAUAGUAUCGAGUCUUCAUAUUUCCCAAAAUCGCUGGGAUAUGUAGAACUUUUGUAUAUCAUUACACCUAUUUAUUCGACAAUCCUGUAUGCAUGCAAUGCGUUCACCAUUGUAGUUUCGAUCUCUUUAAGGAAUUAUCACUAUCUAAGAGCCACAAAGAGCAUAUCGGCAGUGAUGUCAGUCCCGUGCAUGAUACUGAUCGUAAUGUCUUGAAAUUCUUUGAUAACUCUUGCUGAAGACUAUUUGAUCAGGUGACUAGAGGAGAACAAGAUAACCCAAGAUCAGAUGCAUCAGGGAUCAUCUGUCGUUUCAGUUAUCAUAAUCUCCAUUACAAUUGCAGUAAUUCUGGCAGUAUUACUGAAUACUUUUGUUAAUUACUUCGCCUCUGCUGGGUUAGAGAAAAAGAUGAAGAACUAUUGUGAACAAAACCUUGAGCAUGAGGCGUUCAUUCCUCUGCCAUUGUUUAGCACUCCUGAAACCCUGACUUCAUGCUCUGACAACAGCAUUGAAAUUGGGGAGGAUUCAGUGAAGGUUAAUAAAGUUUAA